AUGCCUGCUCGACUUCCUCUUGCGCGCCUCUCGGGGCAGCGCUUGACGCCUCUGGCCCGAUCCACCCGUGGUCUCAGCCAGCUUCGUACCGCUCAAAGCCUUUCCACGCUCAGCAGGUCAAAGACCCCCUCAAAAGCUUCAGGCUUGCUCCACGCCGCAUCAGGGAUCAAUGUUGCGCGCAGCCUUGCUCCCUUUGUGGGCUCCCAGAUCCGCACCUACGCCGACAAGAUGGUCCAGGUUCCUCAGAUGGCUGAGUCAAUCACAGAGGGUACUCUGAAGCAAUUCUCAAAGCAGGUCGGUGAUUUCGUCGAACGUGAUGAAGAAAUUGCUACUAUCGAGACCGAUAAGAUUGACGUCUCGGUCAACGCGCCGGAGUCAGGCACCAUCAAAGAGUUGCUCGUAAACGAGGAAGACACCGUCACUGUUGGUCAGGAUCUUGUCAAGAUUGAGCUGGGUGAUGCUCCUGCGGGUGGUAAAGAGGAAGCUGCUUCCGAGCAGCCCAAGGAGGCUUCUGCCGAGAAGCCAAAGGAGACACCUGCCGAGAAGCCAAAGGACAGUGCUCCUGGGCCAGAGAAGCCUCAGCCUACCCAGGCUUCGAAAGAUGCUGCCCCAGAGAAGCCUAAGGAGGCCCCCAAGGCCAAGUCUCCCAAGUCCCAGGGUGCUGCAGACACAAAGCCCACCCUGGGUAACCGCGAUGAGCGCCGGGUCAAGAUGAACCGUAUGCGUCUCCGCAUUGCCGAGCGUCUAAAGCAGUCCCAGAACACCGCCGCUUCCCUCACUACUUUCAACGAGGUUGACAUGUCGUCUCUGAUGGAAUUCCGCAAGCUCUACAAGGAUGAUAUUCUCAAGAAGACCGGUGUUAAGCUUGGAUUUAUGAGUGCUUUCUCGCGCGCCUGUGUGCUGGCCAUGAAAGAAGUGCCCGCUGUCAACGCCUCUAUUGAAGGCCCCAAUGGUGGCGAUACCAUCGUCUACCGCGACUAUGUUGAUAUCAGUGUUGCUGUGGCUACCGAGAAAGGCCUUGUUACGCCUGUCGUUCGCAACACCGAGACUAUGGAUCUUGUUGGCAUCGAGCAGUCCAUUGCUGACCUUGGAAAGAAGGCCCGCGACAACAAGCUCACCAUCGAGGAUAUGGCCGGCGGUACAUUCACCAUCAGCAACGGUGGUGUCUUCGGCUCUCUCAUGGGUACUCCGAUCAUCAAUUUGCCACAGACUGCCGUCCUGGGUCUCCACGCUAUCAAGGACAAGCCUGUGGCUAUCAAUGGCAAGGUUGAGAUUCGUCCGAUGAUGUUUCUUGCCCUCACCUACGACCACCGUCUUUUGGAUGGCCGUGAGGCAGUUACUUUCCUUGUCAAGGUCAAGGAGUACAUCGAGGACCCCCAGCGCAUGCUGCUUGGCUAA